CUGCGUCCUUUACGUGAACGCGGACUUCCUGUAUGACGCAGUGAGCGCUGACGCGGUGCGGGAUUCGUGUUCUUCCGGUUCUGCGCGGUGAGCUGCCUGUUGCGAGUGUGUCAGCUUUACGUUAAUACGCGUCCUGAAGGCACGAUGUCAGCGCGGAAAGUUGCGCUCGUGACAGGCUCGAACAAGGGCAUCGGGCUGGCGGUGGUGCGCGCGCUGUGUAAGCAGUACGACGGAGACGUGUACCUGACGGCGCGGGACGUGGCGCGCGGGACGGCGGCCGUGGAGGGUCUGAAGGCAGAAGGACUGGCGCCGCUUUUCCGCCAGCUGGACAUCACGGACCUGGGCAGCGUGCGCGCGGCGCGUGACUUCUUCAAAGCGGAGUACGGCGGCGUGGACGUGCUGAUCAACAACGCGGGGAUCGCCUUCAAAAUGGCUGAUAAAACACCGUUUGGAAUCCAGGCUGAAGUGACACUCAAGACUAAUUUCUUUGCCACCAGAGAUUUGUGCAAUGAGUUCCUCCCUAUCAUCAAGCCAGGAGGAAGGGUGGUGAACGUUUCCAGCAUAAUGGGUUCCAUCGCUCUGAGCCGCUGCAGCCCGGACCUCCAGGCUCGUUUCCGCAGCAAUGACAUCACCGAGGAGGAGCUGGUGGGGCUAAUGGAGAGCUUCGUGAAGGAUGCUCAGGAGGGUACUCACACACAAAGAGGCUGGCCUGAGACCGCGUAUGGCAUUUCCAAGACCGGCCUGACCACUCUGACCAGGAUCCACGCCUGGAGACUGACGCAGGAGAGGGCUGGAGACGAGAUCCUGUGCAAUGCCUGCUGUCCAGGCUGGGUCAGGACCGACAUGGCAGGGCCAAAUGCCACAAAGUCUCCAGACGAGGGCGCCAUCACUCCAGUCUAUCUGGCUCUGCUGCCACCUGGGUCCAAAGAACCCCAUGGACAGUUAGUGUCAGAAAAGAAGGUGCAGCCAUGGUGAGCAUGUGUGUGUUUGCUUGAUAAUAUUGUUAUUAUAAUAUUGGUUAUAAAAGUGUGCAAUAAUGUGCAUUAUAUAUUUUGCUAUGUCUCUAGUAUAUCUAUAUUGCAGCUUGAAGGUGCUUUAGCUGCUGACUAUAAAUGACACCAUAUGAGAGGUAGUUUCCUCAUUCUCCUGCAUUACUGAUACUUUAUCAUUAGAACACUCUCUGGUAUCUGUGCUGAAUAAAAUCAGAUAAUAAAAUCUGUGUCAGUCUGAAUAGUUCACACAACCAGACCAGUCAGAUAAGAUGAUUGAUGUGAUUUAUUGAUUCAAAGACAAAUUAACAUACAACAAUGUCAUGAUCAUUACAUUUGUGCCUUAUUCUGCUUAUAGUUAAUAUGUUUAGAAUUAAACCAUUUAUCAUUUAUCACCAUCACUAAUGUUAAGGAUUUAUAUUUAUGGGCUGUGGACUGUAAGCUAAAAUAAAGAUUUUCACAUUCA